AUGUGCGCUCUGCUAGUAGGUGCAUUUUUUCUCACCCUUGGGCUGGCUCUUUUUUAUUUCUGGUGGUUACCAAGAAGACACCCUAGGAAGGUCAAAUACCCCAGGAGCUUACCUUGCUUACCUGUCAUUGGGAGUCUAUUGCAUCUUGGCAAUAACCUUCCUCCCCAUAGCCUUUUCUACAACUUACAAAAAAAGUAUGGCAGUCUGUUCUCCUUCAAGAUGGGCUCUCAUUUUGUUGUUAUUGUAAAUAACCAUAAGGAUGCUAAAGAGGUUCUUCUUAAGAAGGGUAAAACAUUUGCUGGGAGACCACGUACAGUCACAACUGAUAUUUUGACAAGAAAUGCCAAAGAUAUUGCAUUUGCUGACUACAGCCCAAGCUGGAAAUUUCAUCGCAAAUUAGUACAUUCAUCGCUGUCAAUGUUUGGAGAAGGAACCAUCGCUAUUGAGAAAAUUAUUUCUCGUGAAGCCACAUCAUUAUGCCAAACGCUUAUUGAUUUUCAGAGCAAUCCACUGGACAUGGCACCAGAACUGACCCGAGCUGUCACCAAUGUGGUUUGCGCUCUGUGUUUCAAUACCAGAUACUGUAGAGGUGAUCCAGAGUUUAAGUCAAUGCUGAAAUACUCCAAAGGAAUUGUGGACACGGUUGCUAAGGAUAGUCUGGUUGACAUCUUCCCAUGGUUACAGAUAUUUCCAAACAAAGAUCUUGAAAUACUGAAGAAGUCUGUAGCAGUUCGAGAUAAACUAUUGCAGAAGAAAUUGAAGGAACAUGAGGAGGCAUUUUGCAGUGAGACAAUAAACGAUUUAAUGGAUGCACUUCUUAAAGCAAAGCUUAGUAUGGAAAACAACAAUAGCAAUAUUUCCCAUGAGGUUGGACUGACGGACGAUCACAUCCUUAUGACUGUUGGGGAUAUAUUUGGCGCAGGAGUGGAAACUACGUCAACUGUGCUGAAGUGGGCAGUUGCAUAUUUAUUGCAUUAUCCAGAGGUUCAGAAGAAGAUCCAGAAAGAAAUUGACACCAAGGUUGGAUUUGGGAGAUACCCAGUGCUCAAUGACAGGAGAAUUCUGCCAUACUUGGAAGCUACAAUUUCUGAAGUUCUACGAAUCAGACCAGUGUCACCACUGCUUAUUCCUCACGUAGCUCUAAAAGAGUCAAGCAUUGGGGAAUACACAAUUCCAAAAGAAGCCAGAGUGGUUAUAAACCUGUGGUCUCUUCAUCAUGAUGAAAAGGAAUGGGAAACCCCUGAAAUGUUUAAUCCAGAUCGUUUCUUGGAUGAAAACGGUAAUCGCGUGUACUCUCCUUCCCCGAGCUAUCUUCCUUUCGGAGCCGGAGUUCGGGUGUGCCUUGGAGAAGCCCUGGCAAAAAUGGAAAUAUUUCUCUUUCUCUCUUGGAUUCUGCAGAGAUUCACUCUUGAGGUCCCAGAGGGAGACAGUCUGCCAGACCUGGAGGGGAAGUUCGGCGUGGUACUUCAAAUGAAGAUGUUCAAGGUCUCAGCAAGGUUAAGGGAAGCUUGGAAGAACAUAGAGAUCUUUACAUAA